AGUGGGCUACACUAACUCAAGAUGGGCUCAGAACAGACAAAAAACAAACCUGAUGCUACCGAUCUAAAGAGUGAUUUAACAUCCGAGGAGAAGAAGACGAAGAAGGAGACGGAGACGGAGAAGGAGACGAAGAAGGAGACGGAGACGGAGAAGGAGACGAAGAAGGAGACGGAGAAGGAGACGAAGAAGGAGACGGAGAAGGAGACGGAGAAGUGUUAUGAUCCUGAAAACUCAACACUUAGAUUUGUUGAUCGGGAGGAUGAAUUGGAUUUUUUGUACAUUGGUUACAAGUCUCGCAGAGCGCUGAUGUCCUGUGGUCAUGCUGUCACUCCGAUGUCUCUCACUGACUGGUGUCGCAGAUUGUUGGAUCAGGGUGAGAGCAGAUUUAAAUGUGGUCAAACUCGCUGCAAUGUUGAAUGGCCCUUCGAGGAGGUUCGUGAAAUGGCUCUUCUGACCCCUGAAGAAAUGAAGGAGUUUGAAAAGAAAAUGUUUAACAAUUCUAAGGAUGCCAAAUCAUGUCCUGGCUGCAAGUCUCGUGUGAUGAGAGCUGACCUGAAUGAUCUGAGUGUCCUCUGCUCAGUUUGCACAGCUGACAAAAAGAAGGACUACAGAUUCUGCUGUCAGUGUCUGAGGGAAUGGAAAGGUCCAUUUCCACGUUCAGAUCGUUGUGGAAAUGAUGGCUGCAUCAAUCAACUACUUGAAACACUGAGAAAGUGUCCAGAGAUCAUCUUUAAGAAUGUGGUGGGGGUCACUGGUUGUCCCUCCAUCCGUGCCUGUCCCACCUGUGGCCAACUGGUGGAGCAUAACACAAAACUGUGUAAAAGCAUCAUCUGUGGCCGAUGUAAAGUGAAGUUCUGUUUUGUGUGUCUGAAUCUCUUUAAAGAGUGUGAGAAGACACCUUACAAGCCUUGCUCUAGUGGUGUCGCUCCCAGACAAACCUCUAUACCUGUGUGGAAGAGGAAAUAAUCUUAACAACACCAGAUUGCUUUAGCCUCAGUUGAUGUUUUUAUACAAUAUUAAUCUUGUAUUUUCACUUUUUCUUCUGUUUUUUGAAGAUUGAUUUUGUAAUGAAAAUCAUUAUUACUGUUGUCUGAAACUAAGACCCUGAAUGAUAACAUAAUAAUAUCUCUCCGUCAAUUUUUUAAAAAAAUAGAUUUUUCAUCACCACAGAGAUAAUCAAAGCAACAGACUGUAAGAUUUAUAUGAGACUUUCUCUCUGAACUGUGUAGCUUAAUUACAAUCUAACACCUUGACUCUCCAUAACUAUACAAUAUCAUUUAUACACUAAUUUGUACUAAUAUCUUUAAAUCCUCACAGCUUCCUCUUCAUUUGCUUUAUAAUAUUUUACUAAGUCAUAAUAUAAGAAGAGAAUUCAACCAGCUUUCAGCUUUUACUAAAACUUACUGUAGAGAAUAUUAAAUAAUUUAUCUGUACAUUUACUGCAUGUCUUUCUUCAU